AUGGCCGCGACCCUGGCGAUGAGCAGCGGCUGCGGGCAGGAGGAUCCCUUCUACCCGCUGCAGAGGGCCAGCCCCCCCGCUGGGUUCCCCCUGGAGGACUCGGCUCUGUUCGGCCUGGACUGCAAGAUCCCGGAGGACAAGCCGGGACACAUGGACUACACGCAGGUCAAAUGUGAGAUGGACAGAUAUCUCUCCCCUCAGCCUCUCUCCCACCCGCCUCACGCAGACAGCCAGCACAAGUCCCACCGAGACGUGGAGCACUUCUUCACCGACGACCACGCCUGCGCUCCCUACACGCUGAACAUGAACCUCUACCUACCCGAGGUGGCCUACCUGCGGAUGGGCCUGUGUCAGCAGGUGCGCGCCCCUCAGCAUCAGAACCACAGCGGUCUCACCCACAUCAAGACAGAAUCGGCCUCCCCCUGUUUCUCCCCCAACCUCCAGCCGCACUGCCCCAACACUUCGCCCUCUGGUCACGGCCCCGGCGGCAUUGCAAUGGAAGCCUCAGCCAUAAACAUGACGAUAACAGGGUUACCGGACUUCACCAGUAUUUUCAACCAGGCGGGAGGAAGCCACGGUGGCGAUUCAGGGCCGGAGGUGUUCGUCAAACAGGAAAUGACCUCGCAGUUCGAGCCGCACGCUCUGCACCACCACAACAACGACAGCUCGCUGUUUCAGCUCCUCAACUCCGGCUUGGAUCAUCCCAAUGGCGGCGGCAUGGAGGCUCAGCAUCAGCAGCAGCAUCAUCGGCAGCAGCAGCAGCAGCAGAUCCAACACACUUCCACUUCCACCAUCCACACGCCUUUCCACGAUUUGCCGGUGGCUUCCUCGGCGUCUCAGCAGGAGCAGACCGCCAAGCCCGUCUACUGUGGCCUGGGUGGGGAGGCCUACACGCACCCUCACCCUCAGGCACACCUCCAUUACCUCCAGCAGCAGGUGCCCUACCUGCCGCCCUCUCCGCCCAGCUCGGAGCCCGGCAGCCCCGACCGGCACAAGGAGCUGCUCCACACCAUGUCCCCCCCGCCCUCGUAUGCAGCCACCAUCGCCUCCAAGAUGGCGGGAAGCUCCCCAGAGUUCGGCCCCAGCCCGGGACCCGGCGGCUCGGCCCUGCCCCUGAACACCGGGCCCACCCCGGUCCCAGGCCAGGCUGCCGUCCUUCCCCAGGCCCCUGCAAUAACCCCAGCCCCGACCCCGAGUCAGACCAGCGUGCCUAUCCGCUACAGCCGGAGGAACAACCCUGACCUGGAGAAACGACGGAUCCACCAUUGUGAUUACCAAGGCUGCAAGAAAGUCUACACCAAGUCGUCCCAUCUGAAGGCCCACCUCCGAACUCACACGGGUGAGAAGCCGUACAGGUGCACGUGGGACGGCUGCGACUGGCGCUUUGCCCGUUCGGACGAGCUGACGCGUCACUACCGGAAGCACACGGGCGCCAAACCCUUCCAGUGCGUGGUGUGCUCGCGCGCCUUCUCCCGGUCCGACCACCUCGCCCUGCACAUGAAGAGACACCAGAACUAGCAGCAUUUCCACCAACGCCACAAAAAACACAAGCACUAUCCUGACACACG